UUGUAAACAGUUCGAUACCUUAUUGGGCGAAGUUUUUGGUCUUGUGAUCAAAACAACUAUGGCGCCUAUGAUGGCGACUUCUAGCAACGAAGAAAAGGGACUUUUAGGCUCUGCAAGAACCAACUCUCACAGACGUUACGGGAGCACGACAGUCAAUAUGAAAAAACCUGAACAUAUUGUUAGACAUAAAGUGUCAAAACAGGAUACGUUGCAAGGAAUUGCAUUGAGAUAUGGCGUUACUAUGGAGUGUGUGAAGCAGCACAACAAAUUGUGGUCAAGUGAAUCUAUGUUUCUUCAUGACUUCCUUGAAGUCCCUGUCACAAAAGAAAUUUAUGAUAUCUACUCUGAUCCAUGCCUCUCUGUCUCUUCAAAUACCAGUAAUGGUGGCAGAGAAUUUAGUCUGGAUGUUGGUUCCGAGAGCUGCAGCAGCACUGGUCCCUCUUCCCUAGCCUCCUCCCCCCUUCCCCAGGACGUCACCCCCUCCACACCCACAUCCCCAACUCGGGAUUACUCGGACACACUCCCUAAAGACUUCCUCUCCAAGAUAGACAGCAACAUCGCCUCCAUGAAGUCGUCCAUUCAAAAAUUUGAUGCACAAAAAUACAAAACCAUGGACCAGAUGGAGGUGGACGAGAGCUGCCGUCGCCCGAGCUUAGGCAGUCGUCAGGCGCUACGGUCUCCGGAACACCGGCGCUCGUUGGAUGUGAACGGCGGCUUCCCCGUCAAGAGUGGCAGCUUCCUGAACGACAUCAACUCUAGACACAGCGAUCCUAUCAAAGCCUACAGCAACGGUGCCUCCACCGCUAAUGGCAGACACAAAUAUAAUGGGAUGUCUAGAAAAAGUGAUGAGACACAUAGCAAUGGCGGGCCCAAAGUCAACGGAGGGGCGAGUACCAACAUCAGCAGAGUCAACGGAGGAGCCAGUACCAACAGCAGCAGAGUCAACGGUGGUGCCAAUAUCAACGGCGGAUAUAUAGCCGAUCCGAGUGAUGAAAUGGACCGUAUAACGUCACCCUUGUCACCACCAUCAGUGACUGUGAUAGGUGGACACCAUACCUCCAAAUCCAACUACAAUUCUUACCACAGUCAACCGUCCCACCCAAAUGAGCCUGACCAGGCGCCCUCCACUCGUAGCUUCACGAUGAGCCUCAAACAUCUUCUUAGAGAGCAGGAUGAUUUCUGUCCUUUAUAAAAUUGACUGCAGUUGAAUACAGGCUUAGUCUUGCUGUGGAUUAUAUCUUUUAGGAUUGCCAUUAUGGAACCAUUGGUUUUCUGUGCUGUAAGUUCGUGUUGAAAUGUGAA